UGGGUUCCUGCUCUCUGCGCAGCUGUGCCGUGAUGGGGCUCCAGGCUGGGACACCCUGGCUCCAGCGGGACCUUGUCCUCCUGCCCACCGUGGUGGCCAUGCUUCUCCUCUGUGCCAGCGCGGGCCCAGCCGCGCCCACUGCCAGCUCCCGGAGUGCCUCAGGGUUCCCCCCGGACUGCAGCCGGCUGCGCAAGAACAGCCCCAGCGGGGUGUACGUCAUCCAGCCCGCCAGGUCCCCGCCGCGCGUCGUCUGGUGCGACAUGGACACCGACGGCAAGGGCUGGACCGUGGUCCAGAGGAACUCCCACGACACCGAGCUCACCUGGAAGCAGUCCUGGACCACCUACAAGUACGGCUUUGGGAAUGUGCACAGCGAUUACUGGCUGGGCACCGAGUACCUGCACCUGCUGACGCAGCAGGGCACCUACAAGGUGCGCUUCGUGGUGCGGGACAAAACCAACGUCACCCACUACGCCGAGUACGACAUCUUCAGGGUGGAGAGCGAGGCCAGCGGGUACCCGCUGAGGCUGGGCCGGCAUUCUGGUGAUGGGGAUGACUACAUGACCCUCUACCACCCCAAGAAGGGGGGAAUUCAUGACAACAUGAAGUUCAGCACGGUCGACAAGGACCAGGACCAGUACAGCGGGAACUGCGCCAAGAGCUACGGGGGGUGGUGGUACAACAGGUGCCAGAACGUCCUGCUCAAUGCCAAAAACUACAUUGUUUGGCCAGGGUUCUGUGAUAAUGGUGACUGCGCAUCCUCCCUCAUCCUGGUCAAACCCACAGAUGUGUGUUGACCGUUCCCAGCCCCCUGGGAGUGAGGGGGUGCCGCCAUCCCCAGCUCAGUGCCCCAUUCCCAUGCCAGUCCCAGUGCACAUCCUGCUCUGCCCACAGC